GCCGACAGACGGCGGUACGGACGUAUUAUCGCGCGCGCGCUCCACGUUCUAGGAACUUUUGCCUUUGGCGUACUGGCAGAUUCCUCACAACAGUGUCUACUCUCAAAGAUGGCAGAUCAAUUUGUGUUGUAUUAUCAUGUGACGGUGAAAAGCUCUCGUUGAUAAGGCGGUACGUGCGUUAACUGUCGUAGAUUUUCUUCCUGUGGAAGGACCGCGUUCCACAAAGUCGAAAAUCGGCGCGAUGGCGGACAUGAAGAGUCCACCGUUCAGUGAUAUUAAGAGGCCGGAGGAGGUGGUGGCGAUGGCGAUGAACGACAGCUUGAAAUUCGCCGUCCUGAUUGGCCUGAUCGAAGUGGGACAGGUGUCUAAUCGGGAAGUUGUCAACACGGUGCUUCAUUUGGUCAAUAAUAUCGGCGUCUGGUUUUUUAAAAAUCCGAUUCCAGUCCAAUGGACGAAAAAUAAAAAGGGCAUAUAUAUCCCCCCCACCCCCACCGUAGGAUUCCAUCUAUUAAUUAUUAAACCUGAAAAAUAUGAUGGAAAUAAAAUGGCGUCUAUAUAA